GGCUGCGCUAAGGGCCCGCCGGCAUGAGGAGGUCUGUCGAAGAUGCACUGGUCACCAGAGCAUGCCCAGUCCCUGAACCAGUGGCCGGAGCAGCACCUGGACGUCUCCUCCACGACCUCCUCGCCGGCCCACAAGACCGAGCUGUACCCCAGCGCCCGCCAGCGCUUCAACUACGCCUGGGCCAACGACGACAUUUCGGCGCUGACGGCCUCCAACCUGCUCAAGAGGUACGCCGAGAAGUACUCGGGGGUGCUGGACGCGCCCUACGAGCGCCCGGCCCUCGGCGCCUACGGGGAUGGCGCCUUCGGCCCCGUUAACGGGCAGAAGGGCGACGGGGAGCCCUGGCCGGGGGCGCACGGCUCCGAUGGCACCUACCCGCUGACGCCCAUCCACGAUGGCCUGGCCGGUGCCAAGGGCGUGGUGCCACCCGCCGUCCCUGCCGGCAGCGGGGCCAUCGGGCUGGGGGGCUCCCCGGUGGUGUCGGCGAACCUCAGCGACCCCGUGUACCCCGGGAACUCCUGCGGGGCGGCUGCUGCGGGCUCCGGGGCGCUCGGGGCGUCCCAGGAGUACCCCUCGGGCUAUGGGGGCGCCUACUUGCCCUCUGGCUACUGCGCCCAGCCAGCGGCGGCGCUGCCCCCGCCGCACCCUCCCGGCCUCCACAGCUCAGGGCUCCUGCAGCCUCCGCACCCCUCGCCCGCCCUGGUGCCCGGCUACGGCUCCUCGGGCCCCAUGUACAACUAUGCCAGCAGCAGCUACCCGCCCCAGCCGGGCUACGGGGGCAUCCACCCGCCCCACCCCUCCGCCUCCUACCUGCCCUCGGGCAUCGCCGCGCCCACCCCCAUCCCGGCCCCGCCGCCCUCCGCCCGCCCGCCGGGGGUCCCUGCCUAUGGCUACCAGGGCGCUGGGCUGGGCGCCCUGGCCGUGCCGCCCCUGGGCACCGAGGCGGCGGGCACGCUGAAGAGGAAGGCGUUCGACAUCGGCGGGGAGGACGACGGCGAGGGCAGGUACAGGAAAUACAGCUACGAGCAGCCAAAGUCCCCCUACCCCCUGUCGGACAACGGCGAGUGCCGGGGCAACGGCUUCAGCAGCAGCGGCGAGUCCCCCCAGGUGCCCUUCAAGCCCGGGAAGCGGCCGGCGGGAGCCGGGAGCGCCGAAGAACACAAGUACGGCGGGCAGCAGAUGAAGGGGAUGGUGUCACCAUCCUACGGUGCCAGGGACACUCCCCUGCGGCCGGCAGAGCCCUUCGAGAAGUUCAGCCCGCCCCUCGCCAACGGGGAGCGGGCGGCCGAGCCGGGACCCCCCUUCCCGCUGCGGCCGCCCCCCAAAGCGCUGGCGUUCGGCGGUUCCCCGCUGGAGGAGCAGCCCAAGAACAUCGACCCGCUGCUCCUGGAGCUGGUCAACACCAAGGUGGUGGAGCGGGGCCCGCCGGUGCAGUGGGCGGACGUUGCCGGGCAGGUGUCGGUGAAGGCGGCCAUCGAGGAGGAGCUGCUGUGGCCCAUCCUGCGGCCCGGCUCCUACAGCGGCGCCAGCCACCCGCUGCGCACCCUGCUGCUCUUCGGGCCCCGCGGCACCGGCAAGGCGCUGCUGAGCCGCUGCAUCUCCACGCAGCUGGGCUCCACCCUGCUGCGGCUCAGCGGCACCGCGCUGCUGUCCACCUGGAAGGCCGAGGCCGAGAAGAUCCUGCAGACCGUGUUCUUCGUGGCCAGCUGCCGGCAGCCCGCCGUGGUGCUCAUCACCGAGGCCGAGUCCCUGCUGGCGGCGCGGGCGGGCGAGGACGGCGGCCAAGCGAGCAACCUCAAAUCCCAGCUGCUCUCCUACCUGGACAACGUGGCUACCUCAUCGGAGCGCGGCGUGGUGGUCAUCGGCACCACGGCGCGGCCCGGCAGCAUGGACGAGGCGUCGCACCGGCGCUUCGGCACGCGGCUCUACGUGGCGCCGCCGGACGGCGAGGCGCGGCGCCACAUCCUGCGCCAGGCCCUGGCGCGGCAGAGCUGCCGCCUGAGCGAGCGCGAGCUGGCGGCCCUGGCGCAGCGCACCGAGAGCUUCUCGGGCGCCGAGCUGCUGCGGCUGUGCCAGCACGCCGGGGCCGCCGCGCGCCGCGCCGCGCCCGGGCCCCCGGCCUCCUACCAGGAGCUGGAGAAGGCGCUGUGCAAGGUGCGGCCUGCCCUGUCCCAGAAGGAGCUGGACUUGUUCCUCGAGUGGGAUAAGAUGUACGGCACCAGGCACUGA